CGUGUAUUCUCGCGAUGGUCUUUUACGUCACAGUCUACAUAAAACAUUCGAACUCCUCGGCUACUUCUCUUUUGAUUACGAUAUUUUGUGCGAGGAUCAUUAAUCAUGCCUCGCAUCUAUGUUGGAAAACUUAAUUAUAAUGCUCGAGAAAAAGACCUUCAAAGAUUUUUCAAUGGCUACGGAAAGCUUAUGGAAAUUGAUCUGAAAAAUGGAUAUGGCUUUGUAGAAUUUGAGGAUAAUCGCGAUGCGGACGACGCAGUGUAUGAACUGAAUGGCAAGGAGUUGUGCGGGGAGCGUGUGACCGUGGAACAUGCCAGAGGACCGCGCCGUGACCGAGAUGGAUAUGGUGGUGGCGGGGGUGGUGGUCGCAGUAGUAGUGGUUACAGCAGCAGCAGAAGCCGCACUGGCAGGGAUAAGUACGGGCCACCCGUCCGUACUGAGUACCGACUGAUCGUUGAGAAUCUGUCCAGCCGCUGCAGCUGGCAGGAUCUGAAGGAUUUCAUGCGUCAGGCUGGAGAGGUCACGUAUGCCGACGCCCACAAGGAGCGUACCAACGAGGGUGUCAUCGAGUUUGGCUCACGCUCGGACAUGAGGAGGGCCCUAGACAAGCUGGACGGCACGGACAUCAACGGGAGGAAGAUCCGCCUGGUGGAGGAAAAGUCUCGCCGCCGACGCUCCUACUCUGGCAGUCGCUCUAGGUCUCGCAGCAGACGUCGCUCUCGUAGCAGGAGCCGCAGGAGCAGUCGCUCCAGGAGUAACUCCAGAUCCCACUCCCGAUCCCAUUCUCGAAGCAAGAGACGCCACUCCAAGUCUGGAAGGAAGUCUCGUUCCCGCUCUCGCACCCGCAAAUCCAGAUCCCGUUCCAACAAAAGCAAGUCUCGUUCCAAGAGCUGCUCCAAGGUGAAAUCCGAGCGGGAUUCCCGCAGCCGCUCCAAGGAGAAGUCGGCCAACAAGAAGUCCCGUAGCCGAUCAGCAUCUCCCGUGAAAAAUGGGAAGGAGGAGCGUUCCUCUCGCUCCCCUUCCCCAGCAGCUGACCGUCGCUCCAAGUCUCCAGACAAGCGCUCAGUCUCCCACUCCAAAUCCAGGUCUAGAUCAGCUUCCCGAGAUUAAAGGCUUCAUCCAGGUGUUCCCCAUUUGAGCAACUGGUGAUAUAGGACCAGCUCCUAUUUGAUUUGACAGAUCAAUCGCAGCACCAGGUGCAUCAAGGCAUGCUCAGUCUUAAUCAGUGCUAUCCUUGACACUUAAAAAUCCGAACUACUAUCUUGACGUAUUAUACAUGGCAUGAGAAUGAUUUAGUCAUGUUUAUUGUGGGGGAGUGCGCAUCGUAGAUUACAGCUAUUGAUCAGUUUUGUAUUAAUUGUACAUAGAGGAGCUUGUCUGAAGGGCUUUGUAUUUAAACCAAGCCAGGCCUUUUCUUUAAUAUCCUUUUUAGUUCCUGUUCGUAUUCCUCUGUCUGCUUUUGCUUACCUCAGGGUGGUGUUUUGAGUUGAUUUUUCAUUUUCAUGAUAGGAGUCAUUUCACCUAUUGAGCCCCCCCCUCAAGAUGUACUCUGUAUGUGUGCAUACAAUUUGUAGAUGAGCAGAUUUUUGGCCUUGUAUGAACAGGUUUACCAGGGAUGGUGGUACAGAUUACACCCUCUCCACAUAAGAAGCCGUUCUGAUUACAUGUGACAUGCCCAUUUUUUUUUUAUUGUACAUUUAAUAAAAAGUUCAUAUGAAAA